CUGGACUUUCUAGUCAUAAAUUAAAGAGAAACGAAAUGAGAUCAGCGUUUCGAAACGCCUACGUCUCCCUCUCUCGCUCCUUAAACCCUAUCCCCAAGUCCUCCUCCAAUUCCCGCUCUCUUCGUUCCAUCACCGCUUCUGUUUCUCUCUCUUUCUUGCUUUCUUGUCCCCAACACCAGUCCUUUCGCUCAUUCUGCUCCUCUUCGUCAAUGACGGGUGCCGGUGAUUCUCCCGCCCCCAACUCUUCUCCUUCUCUUGAGAAGCAGUUCAAGGAGUUCCGUGUGCAGCUCGAAGAAUCCGGAACUUUGCGCGAGAAAAUUCGGGCGGUGGUGGUAGAUAUUGAGUCCGCCACUAGACUCAUGCACGUUAGCCUUCUCCUUGUCCACCAGUCCCGCCCAAUUCCAGAGGUUUUAGAGGAGGCUAAGGCUCAAAUUGGAGUCCUAAAGGGACUUUACAGCCAACUUGCAGAAAUUAUUCGAGAUUGCCCUGGGCAAUAUUACAGGUAUCAUGGAGAUUGGAGAAGUGAAACCCAGACCGUGGUUUCUCUGAUUGCUUUUAUGCACUGGUUAGAGACAGGAAAUCUACUUGCACAUUCUGAAGCGGAGGAAAAACUUGGGUUGAACAGUUCAGAGUUUGGUUUGGACAUUGAGGACUAUCUUAUCGGUGUUUGUUUCAUGUCAAAUGAAAUGCCUAGAUAUGUAGUGAAUCGAGUGACAGCUGGGGACUAUGAUUGCCCAAGAAACGUGUUGAAGUUCUUGACAGACCUUCAUGCAGCCUUCCGCAUGCUUAAUCUCCGGAAUGAUUUUCUGCGCAAGAAGUUUGAUGGUAUGAAGUAUGACCUAAGAAGGGUUGAAGAAGUAUAUUAUGAUGUUAAGAUUCGAGGUUUGGCAGCCAACGGUGGAACUGCAGACCAAGGAUUGGAAGGUCAAUCAUAGGUUCUAAGUCGCACUGUUACUUUUCUGAUAUAUUAUUUACUUGCAUGUAUUAGUCGUUUGAAGGGAAUGGUUCUUGAGAUUUUGGCGUUCUCAGCCAUUGACUGGAUGACAAUCCGAAAGUUAAGUUUCUUAGCAAAACACACUCUUUGCAUCUCUCUCCCCUUUUUAAAUGUGUGCAUGGCCAACCAUAUAUAAAAAACAUGGGAAAGGAAGUUUUAUGUA